AUCCCUUGUCAUACAAUUUUAAAUCAUGGUUAAAGUUUAUAAGUGCCAUAAUUUCAAGUCUCAAAGUGUUGUUCCAGUUGACGGUGAACCGGUGGCUGUAUUUUCAUCCAAACAAAGAGUUUUUGUCGCAACUCAACAAUGUGUUAUCGAGGUAUUUGUACUCGACGAACAAGAUCCUUCUGGGUCAAAAUAUACAAAAUCCAACUCGUUUUCGACGGAGGCACCGAUUGAGCAGCUGUUGUAUAAUGAAGCAGGUGGAUACGUUUCAACAAUAGAAUGUAAGGUUUCAAGGAGACAGACCUUUUAUUCUGUAAAAAUCUAUCUGAAUUGGAACGUGUGCACUGAAGAUAAUCGCCCAAUAGCCCAUGUUCGUCUAGCUGGUGGAAAUCAAAGUGUGAAAAGAUCUUCCAUGGAAUCUGAUUGGAUGGACGUAAUUGACAUUCCAUGUAGACAAAAUGUAUCCAGCAUAUCAACUUGCAGCAAGACUGGUAACCUUGCUAUUGCCUCAGAAGAAGUGAUAUUUCUAUACCAUCUUGUAGAGAAAACGGUGCCAAAUUCUAACAAUACAUUUCUGGAUGUUGUACUAUUCCUUCAAUUAGACUGGAGUUUUUCUGUGAAUCAGGUCACUUUGUGCGAGAAUUUCGUCGGAGUGUUAUCAGAGAAAGAAAUCCAAGUUGCACGAAUUUUGUAUUCAGAUAAAUCCUUUGGAAGGUUAGUCGACGAAGAUGAGACUUGCAGAACAUUUAGAAGUGUCAGUACAGAGACUUUUCGAAUAGCAAACAAAAGGACUUCAUCUUCAAUCAUAUAUCCUUCUUUUCUAAACGACAGAGAUCCAUCUAUUGUCGGUCAGUUUUCCAAUGUAGGAUCCAGAAGUUCUUCAACCCCAAGUCCUGCUCUUUCAAACUCUUCUGUCACAAGGUCUGCAACAGAUUCAUAUAGCUGUAUUCUAGAUGAUGAAAACUUUGUUCAGUGGAAAUUUGAAGAAAAUGAGUUACCUAGAAAUGAACUAUCAGGCAUUAAGAGAAGAGACAUGUUCUGUGAUAGCAAAACUGUUCAUCUGAAGGGUCUCCAAGAUUUACUGAGUAGAGACCUUCUAUUGGCUGACCCACCAAAGAUUAAAGAUCUGAGGGCUAGUCUAUCAGGAGGGGGUCACAUGACCUUCGGGGAAGUGAAGGUUGAGACUGUCCUCUAUAAACGUGUAGAUGGGGGCUGGGGUCACAUACAGUUGGUACCGACAUACCUGGCAAAAAAUGAGAGGUUUGGUCUUGGAGACAGAACAGGAACAAUUCCUGUCCACUCGUCCAGCUUCAGUAACCUAGUAGGCAUGUCUGUGCUUGUCAGUGGGGACACUACAGGGUUCCUAUACAGUCUGUGGCCUCAUAGCUCUCUCCUGACAGAAUACAAGUACACCAUGCCUGCCAAACAGAUUUGGGCAGAAGGAGAGCUGAUAUACAUUCUGACUGAAAAUGGACUAGAAAUUUAUACCUGUAGGGCAUCAGCUGCUGCUGUCUUCAGCAUGGAAGAUUACGCCUCACCUGUAAAGGUGUUUCCGUCUGUUAGACGAGACAUAUGCCUCUGUGGUAUACAUCCAUUUAUAGGCCCAAAGAAACUGACUGUUUCUGAGAAUCAUGUUAUUCUCUUAGCGAUGGUGGACAGCGGUGGGAGACAAGAUGACAACCUCUGGAGUCUGUAUGCCCUACAGAAAUAUUCCCAUGGAGAGUUAUAUAAAGAAAUGAUAGCAUUUGGGUCACGUUAUCAGCGGAAAAACCCAGAUACAUACCUGAGUCUGUUAGAGGAGGGUCACAUGAUACUGCGCAGUGCCACAGUUACAGGUGUCACAGGGGACUGCUCUAGUUCGUUAAACCCAGACUUACUUCUGGAGUCAGCAGCACUGCUGGGAGAGUUCUACUCCAUGCCAAGGAAUAUGCAGUGGUAUUUAUGCUUGCCAUACUACCUGAUGUCUGGUCUUAGUCUGUUUGAAAUAGUGCGACAAGCUCUCCAGUAUAAACAGCACACAAAGAGUACUUCAGCAUACUGUUACGGACAGGGCUUUCUGUAUUACCUUAACUAUGUCCUCUUUCAAGAUGAGGAACCAUUUCAGCUGAAAGAGGAAGAAGGUGAUAUGGUGUUAGAAGUGUGUGCUGAAGCCAUGCCUGACAAACUGUCCAGAAUUAUCCUCUUCUCUCGUCUUCAGACCUAUACUCAAGAAAAGACGCUGAAUCUCCUAAAGCAUGCCUUACAACAGAAAUAUAAACCAGACGAGGCCAAGAGUGGCACAGACAUGCUAGCUCUUUCCUUGCUACACCUGAAGUCAUGUGACCCUGAGUCAGCCCGACUAGCAUUGGCAGCUGUCAGUCAGAUGGAGCUGAGACAGUUUUGUGUGGACCAUCACCAACUGUUACAUGAAGAUUUCCAACAGUUGUCUCCCCUCUCACAGCUGAUGCGACGACACUGCCCUGAGGUACUUAUACAGUGUCUGAUAGCACUUCAUGAUAUCGGUACCAUCCCUCUGGACUUGGCCAUCAAACUUCUACAGGUGCCAUGUGGAUAUGAUGAAAUCUAUCAGAAUGCCCACCUGAAGGAGUACCUGGAACUGCUCAUUGAUGAUGAACAAAGAAAGUAUGUCUUUGAAGAUGCUGUGGUACUUCUAUGUGAGAUCUACAUCAAAUGUCUGCUCAAGUGGCGACCUCCAGGUGCAUCUCUACCAGUCACCUUAGCCAGCUCAGCUAUAUGUCAUCUGCCAAAAGGAGAUGGUCAUUUUGGUCAGCGAUAUGUAUGGCUUGACCACAUACCCCCUCUGCAGGGUUCAAAGUCCAUAAGACAACCAUGUCAAUACACUAUUACAACCAAUCCGACCUCUGCCCGUCGCUCCGGAGAUACGCCUUGUACUCUGGUCAAGGCCAAUGUCUCCUGUUCCUGCUUCAGGUGUCGUGAGGUUUUGCUCAAACUACAGUCUAUACUUUGUUCUCCCUUCACGACCUUGACCUUAGUUGAGAAGGUUGUGACCUUGCUAGAGGAAGGGAUACAGGGCUAUGAUUCCCUAUGGGUUCUGUGUAUGCUGAAAAAGGAUCCAGAUAGGGCCACAGAAAUUAUGAUGGAAAAGUACCCAGCCUUACUUACAGACUACAGUGUCUCCAUAAUGCAGAGAGACUUUGUUAAGUGGAGAGGUUUUCUAGAUAUGCUGAUGGAGAAAUUACAACUACAGACUGAGAAGCCCGACCACAGAGAACCAAUGUAUUUAGAAGGUGUCAAAGGUGUGUUCUCAUGGUUGGCAGAUGUGAUGGAACCACCAGAUUUCCUUAAUCUGUUGCCUGGCAAAGGAAAUGUUAUGUUUUUUCUGCCUUUCAUAGGAACCUGUUACAAGAAACAGCAAUCUCGCAAGCUUCUGUCCAAUAUUGUUACUAAAGGAGAACAUCUGAAGAAAAUUGCGUCAUAGUGUUCUGAAUUUAGUGACUGAAUUAAAAAAGGAUUACUAUAGUUAGGAUCUUGACAUCAAAAACAAAAUAGUUGAGGUUCAACACAUAGUAAACAUUCAAUUUUAUCACAAUAACUUUUGUUGUCCUAGGCAUUUUAUUGGAGGAAUGGUAACAUAUAGUGUUUCCCACAACUGUCCGUUCAUCACAUUGUGCCACUUCCCAUUCCAAAUCAGUAUUAUAUCAUCACAUUUACACCAUAGUAUCAGCCGUCAGCUCUGGGUUGUGGGUUGGAGACCUAAGUGGGGCAGCCCCGACGUACUGGCUGCAGGUCGGUGGUAUUACUCGGGGAAUUCCAACUUUCCUCCACCACCGAAACCUGGCUAUUAAUAGGACGUAAAGCGAUAACAAAAACCUUAUAAAACAUUAUUAGAAAAAAAAAUUUCAUUAGGUAUGGUUAUUGGGGCAAAGGAUGCUUUUGAAAGCUAUUGCAAUUUGAUCAAACUUUAAUACUCCUAUGUACAUGACAUAUGCACAGAUACAUCCAUGUCUUAUAGACAUUUCCUGUAUGUAUGGCGCUACCUACUUGCAAUAUUUUUUGUAUAGUUUUACAUGUAGAAAACUACUUACUAAUCUAUGUUCAAACAUCGUAAAAUUUGUGUUUCUUUUUCUUCACAAAUUACAAUUACCAGGGUU